GCCGCGGGUCAAGCCGUUCUAUGGUACGACCCACCGGUUUCCCUGGGAUUGAGCCUGACUUCCGUGCUAACUAUUUACAGCCGUCAAGUGCAACCCGGACACGAAGCUCCUGGAGCUGCUGUCCGCCCUCGGCACCGGCUUCGACUGCGCCUCGAAGGCCGAGAUCGAGCAGGUCCUGAAGCUGGGCGUUGACCCCUCGCGCAUCAUCUACGCGCAGCCCUGCAAGACCAACUCGUAUGUGCGUUAUGUCGCCCAGCAGGGCGUGCGCCAGAUGACCUUCGACAACGCCGACGAGCUCCGCAAGAUCGCGCGCCUGUAUCCUGAUGCAGAGCUCUUCCUGCGGAUCCUCACCGACGACUCCUCUUCGCUCUGCCGUCUCAGCCUCAAGUUCGGCGCUUCGCUCGAUUCCACCGACAGCCUCCUGGCUCUGGCACACGAACUCGGCCUCAAUGUUGUGGGCGUCAGCUUCCACGUCGGCUCGGGCGCCUCGGAUCCCGCUGCCUUCUUGAAGGCCGUUCAGGAUGCCCAUGUGGUUUUCCAGCAGGCUGCUUCUCACGGAUUCUCGCUCAAGACCCUGGACGUGGGCGGUGGCUUCUGCAGCGACAACACCUUUGAACAGAUGGCUGGCGUGCUCCGUGCCGCUCUCGACGACUACUUCCCGGCCCACUUGGGGAUCAACCUCAUCGCGGAGCCCGGCCGCUACUACGCGUCCGCGGCCUUCACCCUCGCUUGCAACGUCAUUGCCCGCCGCACCAUUGAGGACAUGUCGGCCGCCAGCUACAUGGUGUACGUCAACGAUGGUCUGUACGGCAACUUCAGCAGCAUCAUGUUUGACCACCAGCACCCUGUCGCCAAGGUGCUGCGGUCCGGCGAUCGUACCAUGUACGACACCCCUGCCGCCGACGCCACUGACGAGGCCGACGGCAUCGAGUACAGCAUCUGGGGCCCCACCUGCGACGGUAUCGAUCGCAUCACCGAGAGCAUCAAGUUCCCCCACCUGCUCGACGUGGGCGACUGGCUGUACUUUGAGGACAUGGGAGCCUACACCAAGUGCUCGGCCACCACGUUCAACGGGUUCACCAACAGCCAUGACGUCAUCUAUGUGUGCAGCGAGCCGGGCGCGAAGGCUCUGCUCGAUCUUGAUUGAAACGGCUAGUCUGAAGGCGCUACUGGAGUGACUUUUAAGGACUGUCAUUGCCCCUGAUUUGUGAAAGACGGGGGUCACUUUCACUUCUUUUACUGCUUUAUAGAAAAUGGUGAUGGGGGCUAAGUCCUCGGUUGAGAUUCGAUAGGAAAAACGAAUAGAGACAUCUAUUCCCAGAAUUGUCGCCUCCUUAAAAUAUCGAUCGAUUCCUCGAUGCACAGGAUACUAACGGAGAGAUGGUCAGGUGUAACAAUAAUAACCAUAUGCGGGCCGCC